AUGGCAUUAAAGCUCGCCGCGGUUUCGUUGACCCUCGCCGCGUUCGCGAACGCGCAAUCAUGGCAGGACAAGGCGCAGAGCGUCGACCCAACGACGGAAUGCCAGGUCUACUCAUACCCACCCGUACAAGCUAUGAUCAAGAACUAUCCUACAAUUUGGCAAAUCGCCAACCUUCAGACGGCGGACAACGACGCCAUUGCGUUGUUUAACACCCUCAACUCAACGAUACCCCAAAUCAACCCCAAGGGCACUCCGAUGGGCGACUUUUCCAACGUCACUCCCACAUACCCGGCAGCGGAUCCCGACUGCUGGUGGUCGUACCAUCAAUGCACGACACCAAAGAUUCAGGGGAUCAAUCCUGACGUCACGCGUUGCCCUACGCCCAACACCUGGGGUCUCACUGUCGACGACGGACCCAACUGCUCGCACAACGCGUACUACGACUACUUGCAAUCGCAGAACCAGAAGGCGACACUCUUCUACAUUGGCUCCAACGUCCUGGACUGGCCUCUUGAGGCGCAGCGGGGCCUCGCCGACGGGCACGAGAUCUGCGCGCAUACAUGGUCACAUCGGUACAUGACGGCCCUGACCAAUGAGGAGGCUUUUGCUGAGCUCUACUUCUCGAAAAAGGCCAUCAAGGACGUGAUCGGUGUAACGCCCCAGUGCUGGCGUCCGCCCUUCGGCGAUGUCGACGAUCGCAUUCGGUACAUCGCCCAGGCGCUGGGCAUGCAGACCGUCAUCUGGGUCGAGGACACGUUCGACUAUGAGUACCCGACGCUGCCGCAGACAACCAUCGACCAGAACUACCAGAAUAUCAUCAACAAGGCGAAGAAUGGUACUUACGAUACGGAAGGUAUCUUGGUGUUGAGCCACGAGCUGCAAAACUUCACGAUGUCGGAGAACAUGAAGUGGUUCCCGCAGAUCCAGCAGGCGUUCAAGUGGAUCACGCCGCUCGCCGUGUGCAACAACAACACCAAGCCGUACAUCGAACAGGACUACACCUACCCCAAUUUUGAGCAAUGGAUGUCUGGUGUCCGGAAUGGCUCGCUCUUGGCUCCUACUGCGUCCCCGAACGCACCGAUCUCGUUACCCUUCAGUUCGGGUCACGCCGGAUCCGUGUCGACUUCAAUCCCGUACGGCUCGCCCACAGCGACGGCCGGUGUGACCGGCACCGGCGGCGCCCAGUCGUCAAAUAAGUCCGCCGCGUCCCCGAUGAUGGCCAUCCCUGCAUCGUCCGUCGCUGUGCUCUUGACGACGCUAUUGGGCAUCGUGUCCGGCGCGACGUUGUUGCUAUGA